CAUUCUGGACCCAAUCCUUUUUUUUUUUUUUCUUUCUCCUGGUUACUUUCCAGUCUUGUUCCUCAAAGUCCAUACUUGUGCGAGUUGUUAGCACACAUAUGAUGAGAUGAUUUUAACGAUCAUCGUUCCUCACCGGUGUCCUUACUUCCCGCGCGAGUUCCUCGGACAGUCGUUAGCGACCACAUCGCCGGCCGCCGAUGAUUGACGGUCCUUAGGUUGUGGCGGGAGGGAACGACGGGAGGCGGAGUCGUGGCUAGCGGAUGGGCGGGUCCUGGGGAGAGAGGACAAGAGAGCGUCACAAAGAGCUUUGCGCUUCAUUUUCACAAUGAACCGGUGACAGGUGGAAAAGGGCCUGAUGCUUUGUGCUAAUCUCAGCACCUGCCGCUGAACACACAUAUACGCACGCAUGGCGUCUGAGCCAUCCGCCGCGAGUGGGCAGGAGGAGCUACAAAGGAGAGCCAAUCAGGUGACAGAUGAGUCACUGGAGAGCACGCGCAGGAUGAUGCAGCUGGUGGAGGAGAGCAAAGACGCCGGCAUCCGAGCAUUGGUCAUGUUGGAUGAACAAGGAGAGCAGCUGGAGCGUAUCGAAGAAGGUUUGGAUCAGAUCGACUCGGACAUGAAGGAAGCCGAGAAAAACCUGACCGACUUGGCCAAAUGUUGCGGCCUGUGCGCUUGUGACAAACUCAAGGCUUUGGAGGAAAGCGCCGCCUACAAGGCGCUUUGGGGCGGCGGCUCGGGAGCGGACGGGGUGGUGUCGGGUCAGCCGUCGUCCCGAGUGGUGGACGAGCGCGAGCAGAUGAUUAUGAGCGGAGGAUACAUCCGAAGGGUGACGCAGGACGCCCACGAGGACGAGAUGAACGACAACCUGACGCACGUGGGCAGCAUCGUAGGCAACCUGAGGUGCAUGGCGCUGGACAUGGGCAGCGAGAUCGACUCGCAGAACGUGCAGAUAGAGCGCGUGCGGACAAAGGCCGUUGUGAACGUGACGCGCAUCGACACGGCCAACCAGAAAGCCAACAACCUCAUGAAAAGAUGAGACGACGUCGCGCGCGGGACGUUCAACAAAGACGACGGAG